AGUUUGAGCCUCCUCGGCCACCGUACGAGUCUAUUUAGCUUAGCCUGAGCUAAGUUAUUCGACAAAGGGUCAAUGAAAGAUUUAUUUUUGCUUUAACAUUAUGUUUAUUUAACUGUUGCCGGACACAUUCGCCCUUUAUUUAAACUUUGCCUCCUUUUUGUUUGGAGAACAACGAGUCAUUUAGCGGAGACCUGCGUCCAAAGUCCGAUGUUGUCAGUGAUUUUCAGGUCAACUCUGCCCAAAUACUGGAGGCUGCAGGGUCCCGGUCAGUUCGCUCUCAGAGCCAUGUCCUCGUCCUCGUCCUCGUCCUCCGGCGCCUCGUCUCCGUUCACCUCGCUGGUCGUCACUCGACCGACCGAGUCCAUCACACAUGUGGAGCUUCACCGGCCCGAGAAACGCAACGCCAUGAACAAAGCCUUCUGGAGUGAGAUGGUCGAGUGCUUUAACGAGAUCGCUGUGGAUCCAGACUGCAGAGCGGUGGUGGUUUCUGGAGCAGGGAAGAUGUUCACAGCCGGCAUCGACCUGAUGGACAUGGCCAGCAACAUCAUGCAGCCCGAAGGAGACGACGCGGCCAGAAUCUCCUGGAACGUCCGACGAAUAAUCAGCAAGUACCAGGAGACGUUCUCCGUGAUCGAGAAGUGUCCGAAGCCCGUGGUGGUGGCCGUCCAUGGCGCCUGCAUCGGAGGAGGCGUGGAUCUGAUCACAGCCUGCGACAUCCGUCUGUGCACCCAGGACGCCUGGUUCCAGGUCAAGGAAGUGGACAUCGGCCUCGCAGCAGAUGUCGGGACUCUGCAGAGGCUUCCUAAAGUCAUCGGCAGCCGCAGCCUGGUGAACGAACUGGCUCUGACGGCCAGAAAGAUGUACGCGGACGAGGCCAAGAGCAGCGGACUGGUCAGUCGAGUGUUUCCAGACAAAGAGGCCAUGAUGAGUGCGGCUCUGGACAUGGCCGGAGAAAUGGCCGCUCGCAGUCCUGUGGCCGUGCAGGGCACCAAGAUCAACCUCAUCUACUCCAGAGACCACAGCGUCAGCGAGAGCCUGGACUACAUAGCCACGUGGAACAUGAGUAUGCUUCAGACCCAGGACGUGAUGAAGUCGGCUCAGGCCUCCAUGGAGAAGAAGAGUCCCAAAACCAUCGCUUUCUCCAAACUCUAGAGAGAAAUAAUCCUCCUCCUCCUCCUCCUCCUUCCUCCUUCCUCCUUCCUCCUCCAGCGUUUCAGCUGCCAAAUUAAAAAUCUAACGCGUGGCCUCGGUCGUCUCUCAGCUCUGGAUCAUGUCUCAGAUCAUUAAUAUAAAGAUGUUAACGUUUGUAUAUCUGUAAAUGACUUCAUGAAUGUUUCAUUAAAGUUAGAGUUGAAAAUA